UUAUUAGAAGAUAAAUAAAAAAAAAGCAUAUCGUAUUCGCGAAUAAACGAAAAAAAGACUAAUGACGUCAGAGUAUAUCCCUUUUGAAAACAAACAAAAUUUUUUUCUAUCUGCAAUUGUAGACAAGCUAUAAAGGUAGCCCUUGUUAAAUGCUUCACCCUGUACUAUUAAUUAAUCGAUUUAAUAUUGCGCGGCAACGAGUAUUCCACUAUGAUUUUGUUGGCAGUACUGGUACACGUGCGCAGACGUAUCGGUCAGCUCGAACAGUUGAGGUUAAAUUAUAAACCGAAUACUUUUCAACUGAAGGCACCAAACCAUAAAUAUGGUGCGAGUGAUUUAUAAAUGACAAAUGACGUGGUACUAUGGAAAUAUAUGUCUACGUAAAAAAAUUUUGCAACACUUAACUAAUAGUCGUGAAAUGUCGAAGCAGGGAUCGAAAAAAGCUGGAAAGGCUCAGAAAGCGGCGGCGAAGGAGGAACCUAAUAAGGGACCCAUAGGCGUAGACAAAAAUGGCAAUGUAACUAUAAAAAUACAAGCGAAGCCUGGAGCGAAACAUAACAAUAUAACGGAUAUAUCCGACGAGGCAGUGGGGGUUGCGAUAUCCGCACCUCCCGUCGAGGGUGAAGCAAAUACGGAACUUGUAAAAUAUUUAGCUUCCGUAUUAGGAAUGAGGAAGUCCGACGUAUCGUUAGAUAGAGGAUCCAAAAGUCGACAAAAGGUCGUGCUAGUGUCUGGAAGCACGGUGGAGAAAGUUUUGGAAAAAUUGAAAGGAGAGAUGGGAACUUGAUAAUAGUAACGCUUGAUUUAUUAACGCGUUUUAAUCUUUUAUUGUCAUAAUACCUAUCUUUUAUACAUAUAUAAAAAAUGUUUUACUCUCCUUCAGAUGAGUCAUAUUUACUGUACAUAAAUAUGGCAAUCGUGUCAACAUAAUAUGUUCAAUUAAUUUAUACAAUAAACUGGUGUCUUUAUACAA